UGAUAAUGUUCGUGAACAAAACAUCUCGACUACUGCUUCUCCCUCACUGUAUAGUAUUGAAUGAUAAUGUUUCGACGCAAUGGCAAACCGGUCUCCUGUGAGCCUUGUAGGGUUUCUAAGAUCCGAUGCGACCAUCAUCGGCCGACUUGCAAAAGAUGUCAGGCACGACGAAUGGAAUCCCAGUGCUUUUAUCACCCUGCUCCUCUAACACGAGUGCGGACAAACGCUCGCACUCGGCCAAAGCCUUCUAGGAAAAGGAACAACACAUCGAGACCACGGAGUCCGUCGCACGAGGUCAUACCAGAGCAAAGCCCAGCCACGAGUAAUGAUGAGAAUCCCCACCAGCAUCCGGGAUACUUGGGUUCCACCAGUUUUGCAUCAGUCUUCCCUGUGCCUGAGCUGUUGUUCUCCGCAGACUCGGCAGCCGUUCCUACCUUAUCUCUUCCCUUGGAUUUCUGCUCUAUUCGAGUGUCUUAUAUACACUCACACCUGCUCAAUCUCCUUUCAUCCCCUUCGGAAUAUCGAAGCCUUGUUAUCCGCUAUUAUGGUUGCGGUCUAUUCCUAAUUAUUCCACCUGGAUUGAUUCUAGACCCUCUUUCCAAGACUCAAUCCUACCUUGAGCGAUGGAAGAACAGCACAGGUGGCGCCGAAGAAAAGACACUGUUCGAGGAACUGACUCGGAAUUCAUGCAAGCGCCUACAAACGUCCACCGUGAAUACCACCGUAGAGGAAUUUUGCGGGUCAUUUUCAGGUCCGUCACUUAGAUGGGAAUUUGUAGGUAUCAUUUUCGCGUUGUCAGGGCUAGCUUCCGCAUAUCCAGAAGCUGGGAAGCCAUACAAGAGCGGAGACUUUGCUAUGGAGAUGUUCGCAGCAAGCAAAAUAUGCAUGGAAAUCUGCGAGCAAUACAACCAACUAAAUGACCUCACCAUUUGGUUGCGAUAUGUAACCGUUGUUCUAGCGUCCAACUUGUUUGGCGACACCAGCAACAUCGUCUACCGAUGUUUCAGUGAACUAGUAUCGCAGGCUUUCGCCAUGGGCCUCCACCGACAGUCUUCACAGCAGGAUGGAAUCCCUUUCUUUCUAUCAGAAACGCGAAAGAGAAUGUUUGCUGCCAUCUUCACCAGGGACAAAAACCUGGCAACAUACCUAGGAAGACCGCCUUUAGUUGAUUCGUACUUUUGUGACUUGAUGCUUCCCCUUGAUUUGGAUGACGACGAAAUAAUCUGUCCUACAAGUAUGCGUCAGUCCCUUGUGCAUAACCUUGAUAGUGACGGAUGGAACACCAAUUAUCCCACUACCGUGAAGCCACUACGCCCUGUCACUGGAAUCCGCCUCCGAUGUUGUAUGGCAAUUAUUCGAGAGAAAGUCCUACGUCUAUCACUCGGGAAUGCGACAACGGAUGACAAAACCCAUCUACCUGACAUAUUCGAACAGUACAAAAAGGCCUGGGCGGCCAUUCCCCAGCAUUAUCACUAUGACACAGAUUGCUGGAAGCGACUCGAUCACCACAGCUGCGUGAUCCGCUUAGUUGUCUAUCUAGACUACUGCUACACCGGAUACCAGCUGCAUCGAAUACUUCUCCGACAAAACGAAGGUAGCCGUGCAGCAUUUCUCGAAACAGCAAUGAAACUCCUCUCAGCAAUGACCGACUUUGCACGGCGACAAGCACAAACAGUAGCUUUACAGGGGAGGUACAUGUGGGUUUUCCUAUUCUACGGCCUCCCCGGCGCAGGCAGUCUAGUCUCCGAACUCCACAGAUGCAACACCGCAGGAACCCCCUUCCCAGCCACCGUCAGCCGUCCCAAGAUCAUCCGUGAACUAAGCGUCCUAGUCUCCUGGCUCGAGAACUCCAUCGUCCCAAACAAACCAGAGUACAGAACCUGUCUGGUGAUCAACGCGCUCAUCAGCAAACUGCUCGAUGACGCCUUACUCCCACCAGAUGCCCAGGUACCACCUACAGAACACGAAGAGACGCAUACCGAUCCCUCAGCCCAGUCUAGCAGACUAUCUAAGAACGCAGCAGUAUCUUGUACCGUCGAUAAUUCGGAACCGCAACUGUCUCAGGUAGCGGCUCCUCCGCAGAGCCAGAGUCUGAAUACCGGGUUUAAUGUUAGCUGCGACAGCGUUGACGCAGGGUUCUUCUCGCAGGAGUUUUCCGGAUUUCUUUCUUGCGAGGAAUUUCCGAACUGGUUGGAUGGGAUUUCUUGGGAUGGUCAGCCCUUGGGAGAGGGGUGGCCUUUGUUUUCUGAGAGGUGAACCGAUUGGUUGUAAAUUAGCGGGUGGGAAUAAGAAGAUCGGUUAGAAGACUCAUUUUUCUAUUGUUUGCGUUAGUAGAGGUCGUACAGGGGACUAUGCCACGGGUCUUGGAAGCGAUAUAUGUGUAACUUCUUAUAGUGACACUUUUUUAAUAAGGUCGAGGGAUGUCUCCG